AUGGGUUCUACUGUAAUUGACCCAUCGGAUAAAGUUCUGAUCGAAAAACUUCGAAUAGCUAUUGCAGAGGAAUUAAAAUUGGUACCAGCAUAUGACGAUGAUCUCAGUCUUCUACGAUGGAUUGUAGGUUGGGAUAGAAAAAUUGAUAUCAUAAUUCCAAAGAUCAAAUUUUCAUUACGAGCAAUAUCAGCAUUAGGAAUCGAUAAAGCAGAUUUGAAUUCAAUUGAAAAAAUUACAGAUUAUUGUGAUGCGAUCAGUGUACCUCUUCAAUAUUUGCCUGGUUCUUUGCUGGGCUAUGAUAAGGAGAACAAUGUCAUCUCACUGCAAAUGAUCGGUCGUUUGGAUACGCAUGGACUGUUACCGUGUGUCAAGAAUUCAGAUCUUUACGUACUUCGGAUUGCCGAAAGUGAAGGCGUAAUGAAUUUGAUUAGAGAAAAUGAGAAAAGGUAUAAUCGCCAAUUAGGCACUACAGUUAUUAUUGACUUAGAAGGACUAAGUACUGAUAUGCUGCACAUGCCAGCAAUUAAAGUAAUAACUGCAAUGCUUAGCCAAUUACAGGAAAUGUUCCCAGACGUAAUUAGAAGAAUUUUAAUCAUAAACUCGCCAUCAUUUAUUCAGUUUGUAUGGUCGCUGUUCAGCCCUUGUUUGGCUAAGCAGACGAAACAAAAAGUGCAAUUUCUUGGUUCUGAUUGGAAGACAAAAUUGAAAGAGUAUAUCGAUGAAAACGUCCUCUAUGAAAAUUGGGGGGGUACACGACCAAGUGAAACUCCAUAUGGCCACGUACGAACCGGUGGUAAAGUUCCCCGUGAUUUACGGUACGAUCGUAAUAAUGAUCCACCUCCUGAACAGCUGAAAAAGAUUGUAAUCACUGCUCGGAGUGUUGGUUUUGUUCCAUUUGUAGUAAAAGGUGAUUAUAAUCCAAAUCGAAAACUUUAUUGGUGGUGGCGGUUGGAAAAAGGGGACAUCAUCUUCUCAUUGACGCGUGCUGCAGAUGAAAAUUCUACAGUUGCUGAAGAUCCAAACGAUACAGUCGUUAGACCAAAGUUUAGACUUCAAACCGAGUAUGUCCCUGAAGAAGGACAGGUUUCAUGUGCUUCACCCGGGACAUAUAAACUAGUGUUUGAUAAUAUGUAUGGAAAGUUUUGGUCGAAGACAGUGAAUUAUUUAAUUAAAGUUAUCGAGUAG